AUGCUACGAGCUCUACCAUUAACACAGAAUGCGCUUCGAAGUGCUAGAAAUACCGCCGCCACAUCAUUGUACAUUAGGUUCUUUACCAAUACAGCAUCAUGUUCAAGAGGUGCAUGGGCCCAUCCCGUGCUUAGACAAACUUCCAAUCCUAAACCAUCAAAGCCAAGAGCAUUAUUAAAGAGUAUAGCGGAUAUCAUUCAUACCAAGAAAAACCUUCCCUGGGUUCAGAGAAAUCUUGAACAGAAACUACGUAAAUUUUCGAGAAAUAACAAUGCUCGCCGAAAAUCUAAAAACUUGGGCAUCUCAAACAAACUUCAUAAUCAGAUUGUCGUGAGGUUUGUGGAAGAAGCACUGCAUGAAAAUAUACCACGCAUCACUGCCAAAGAACUACUCUCGUCUCUAGAAAGCAAUGAUAAUCAUACCGCCAUUGAUAAAGCAUUGGAGUCAGCAUUCUUAAAAUACGCCGAAGCCUUUAUCCCAGAGGAAAAGCUGGAAAAAUUCAAUUCGCUUCGAUCUAUCAGUGAUAUUCGUUUUCCCAGCGAAUGGUUUCCUGAUGCACGACAAAUGAAGAGAAAAAUCAUCCUUCACGUAGGACCAACAAACAGUGGCAAAACAUAUAGAGCACUGAAACAACUGGAACAAGCAGAAUCAGGCAUUUAUUGUGGACCAUUGCGUUUAUUAGCGCACGAAAUUUUCGAAAAGAUGAAUGAAAAAGGCGUAGCAUGCAACUUGCUGACAGGCGAAGAGAGAAGAGAAGUGGCACCUUUUGCGCCUUUGACAAGUUCGACAGUUGAAAUGGCUUCUCUCAACAAAACGAUGGAUGUGGCUGUCAUUGACGAGAUCCAAAUGAUUGCUGAUCCAGAUCGAGGAUGGGCUUGGACUCAGGCAUUACUGGGGUUGAAAGCCAAAGAGAUCCAUCUUUGUGGUGAAGCAUCCGCUGUACCUUUAGUCAAGAAGAUUUGUGAGACAUUGGAUGAGGAGGUUGUUGUCAACAACUACGACCGAUUGACUCCAUUUACUGUCAGUUUUGAGACGUUGCGCAAUGAUUUGAGCAAAGUGACCAAGGGGGAUUGCAUUGUUGCCUUUUCUAGACGAGAUAUUUUCAGCCUGAAGGAAAAGAUCGAGAAGGCAACUGGUUUACGAUGUGCAGUUGCUUAUGGUGCUCUGCCUCCAGAAACUCGUGCACUGCAAGCCAAGGCUUUUAAUGACCCUGAAAGCGGGUUUGACGUACUGGUAGCAUCUGAUGCAGUGGGCAUGGGGCUAAACCUGAACAUUCGACGCAUCAUCUUUUCAACAGUGCAAAAAUACGAUGGAUCCGACUUUUCAUACAUUAGUGUCCCUCAGUUGAAGCAAAUUGCAGGCCGAGCGGGUAGAUUUAACACAGCCUACGCUCAAGGAGAAGUAACUACGUUGAAGGAACGUGACAUAUUAUACGUACGUCAAGCUGUCUCUGCGCCUAUCAUUCCCCUUGAGAUGGCAGGCUUGCAGCCUACUGUCGAUAUUCUAGAAUUAUUUGCCCUACAAUUACCUGACGAAAAGUUUUCUGGAUUAUUACAAAAAUUUGAGGAUUUAGCUUCCUUAAAUGGCGAUUACUUUCUGUGCAACUUCAAGGAUCAAAAGACGAUUGCAGAUAAACUAGAGCACAUCAAACUGCCCUUAAAGGAUAGAUAUCAGUUUGUAACAGCACCAGUCAAUAUCCGUACUGAUUCAUCAAUGGAGAUGAUUGAGCGUCUUGCCGAAACGUUCAGUGAAAACAAAACAUGUACUCUAGAUGAUGUCAUUACACUACCAAAUGCUCUUGAACCUGGAUCAGUUUUGGAGAAUUUGGAGAGUAGCCAUAGAAACAUCAUGCUAUACAUGUGGUUGAGUCUUCGUUAUCCAGACACGUUUACAACAACUCCAGAGCACUCCAAUGCUGUGAAAACUCGUUGUGAGGUCAUGAUUGAUGAUGUAUUGAAAAGUACGAGCUAUGCAAAGGCUAAAAAAAGAGGCUCCAGCAAGCAGGUACGACCCUCCAAGAACCGCCAGAAACAGGCCAUCAAACAAUAG